AUGGGUUCCAGCAACGGUCCUGUAAGCCUGUCGGCGCUCAGCAGCCCUGCCGCGGUGCCCAAUAACAACGACGACGACGACAGCAACAACAACAACAACAACAACAGCAGCAGCAGCAGCAGCAGCAGCAGCACCCAAUAUCAUCAAUCAGCAGAACCACCACCUUAUUCCGGGCCCACAAGCACCUCAACCCCACGCCAGCCCUCCGUUCCCUUCUCUUCCUCCCCCUCCUCCUCCCACCACCAAAAGCCUCCCCACAAGCACCCAGGCCUCCCUCUCCUCAACUACCAGCUCUACGCCCCGCCCCUGUUCGAGCUCUCCUCGGACUGCACCACCCUGAAGUCCACAGCGCCCUACCUCUCCUCCUCGGCAUCCGCCCUCGUCAACCUCAUCCGCGCCCAGGCCAGCGUCCCGCCCAAGCCACAGCUCCACAUCACAGGCACGCGCGCCAACAACUCUUACGGCAAGCCCGACUUUGCCCUCAAGCUCAACCUCAUGCACCUGCUCGUCCCAGACGAGACCGCCACCAUCACCAUAACCACCACCGGCGGGAAGAGAGGGCAGCAGCGCAUGGACUACAUCCGCACAGUCGCACCAGGCGAGCCCGCCCUGCGCGGCGGAACCCGGCCAUCCCUCGAGCCAGACCUAGGCGACCACGCCGGCCUGGAGGCCUGGGCGCGGCGGUUCGUCGAGGACAAGAGCCCCGUCAAGGCGUUUGUGCUGGAGCGCACGGUCGUCAACCUCGACACCAGCUGGCUCGAGGGCCAGGUGCGGAGCCUGGUGGCCGCGACGGGGUACAAGGGCGUCGUGAGCGUGACGUUCCCCGUGACGCACGCGAGAGUGGUCGUGCAGAGCCCGGACAAGGUGAACAAGUUCUUCACGGGCCUGACGACGCUCUUCUCGGGCAAGAGCACGUAUGAGGUUGUCAAGGCCGUGUGGCCUUUUGCCUCGUGUAGCAAGGAGGACGAGAGGGUGUGUGUGGUGCAGAGCGAGGAGCAGUGGUGGAGGGAGUGGGCGCAGUCGAUUCGGUAUGCGAUUGCCACCAGGAGGAAUGGCUGGGUUACGGUCGAGGACAAGCUGGAGGCCAUCAUGGAAGGGAAGGGAAAGGGUAUCUCGACGGUCGACUGGGGUGAUGCCUGGCAGUACUAA